AUGAGCAAGCGCGACUACUUCCUGCAGAAGGGUCUGCAGAUGCAGCGCCUCGACGAACAGAUCUCCGCCGCCCCGCAGGCAGGCGGCAAAGAAGUGGCCAAGUACCGCGAGCUGUGCCCUCCCGGCACCCCAGACAGUCAGAUCCAGAGGCUGAUCGGCCAGUGCAAGGGCGACGCCCAGCGCAUGGAGAACGCCAUCAGCGAGCUGUGGGAGGACUACCGCGGCAACGGCCAGGACGACGCCUGGGCCACCGUCGCCAAGAAGAGCACCAAGAAGAAACAAGACCACGGCUACACGCGCUCCUACUCGUCACACAAGAGCCAGCACCAGCAGGACGACCACGCCGACGCGCCGCAGGACGGCGACGCGCAGGUGCCCAGAUCGUCGGAGCGGUUCUCUACUCGUGGCCGCGGCAGCAUGAGAGGCCGAGGCAUGGUCUCCUCGCGUGGCGGCCGGGGUGGCCGGGGAGGUCGCGGCCGCGGCGGUGCCGUUGUGGCCUCUGGAAGCACGCGUGGACCCCGCACGAGCGACAAUGAAGAAGAGAGCCCGGAGAACGACAACAAUGACACUGACGGAUCCAGCCCGUCCAACGAAGCACGCGUGCAGCAGUCCUCGAAAGCGUCCAAGGACUCGAAGAGGGACCGUGGAGCGAAGACCACGACGACGACCACCACCACCACCAAAACGACUACGACGCAGCCCGCUGCACAGGCUCCUCCGGUAGUUUACCCCGUGCUCACUGGUGCUUGGACGAAGAAGCUGAAUGUUACCGGCGUCACCUCAAAGCCCAAGCCUGUAGAGCCCGUCCCCACACCUGCGCCUGCACCUACCGCACCUGUAGCCACCACUAAGGCGGCCGAGAAACCGACGGAACCUGCUGCGGAAAAGGAGACUGCUGCUGCUGUUACUGCCACGACGGAGGCCCCGAAGGCAGCCAGCCCGAAGAAGAAGGCCCAGCAGGAGAAGAAGAGCAAGAAGACACAGAAAUCCGCUACUACCGAAGCAACUGAAGAAACCGCUGCCGUUAUGGAGAAGACAGAAACUGUGAAGACCGUGGAGAAGGUGGCCAGCCCGAAGGCGUCGCCGAAGAAGACCGCGGAGAAGAAAAAGAAGACGAAGACCGUGGAGACUACCGUGGAAACUACUACUUCAAACAUCGCUGCUGGAUGGGGCAACCUCGAUGUUUCCACGUCGACGAUGGACAAGUGGUCAUCCUCUGCUGCCGCUGCCGCCACCGAGCCCAAGAAGGCGUCAACUCCUAACGCAUGGGCACGGGGCAGCCCGGUCCUCUCUCCUCCUGCUACUAAGGAACCCACCCCCGCACCGAAGUCUCCGGUUGCCGAUGCGAGACCGACGGUGGUGCCAGGCUCCCCGAAGGACAUUGACGUGCCUCGCUCGACUGGAUCGGCCUCGACGAGCCCUCGGCCGUACCUCAAGAUGGGCAAGUGGGACACUGCCGCGACGCCGAACCUUUCGCUCCAGUUUGGUAGCUUUUCGCUCAACGGCAUGGACUCGCUGGAGCCCUCGUCGCCCCGUGGCUGGGCCUCGACGACGACGACUACUACGACGUCCAGCUCGAACAAUGGCGGCAAGACCAUCACGAAGGCCACUACGACUCAGAGCGCCUGGGGAACUACGACGAAGGCUGCGUCGCCCAAGAAGACGCUGUCGCCUGACCGCACCGAGCAGCAGCGCACCCAGGAGACAACUGCAGCGAAGGCUACCACUUCUGCUCCUCCUGGACUGUCAGUGGAGUCGGGUCGCGUGACGCCCACCACCGGCCAGUCUCCCCGAUUCGCGCCGUCGGCUCCGUCCCCUGCGUCUCUGCCUAAGCCCGAUGAGGUGAAGCGUGGCACGCCCACUCGUGCGCAGGGAGGACCAUUCCAAGCCCAAGGAGGUGCCACGACCCAGAACAACAAAAUAAACAUUGGCUACGGCGCUGGCCUGUACCAGGCAUCUUACGGCCAGUACUCCAUGGACCUCGGCCGUCCCGCUGCUUCGACGCCAGGCCAGCUCCCUGCUGGUUCCGGAACCCCGAAGAGCGCUGGCGCUCGCGGUGCCCAGUCGCCUUCCCGUGGACAGCAGCCCGUCGCUCAGAUGCAGCAGAUUCCUAUGCAGCAACAGGCUCAGCAGCAACAGCAGCAGCAGGUCCAGCAGCAAACUCAGCAAAAGCAGGUCCAGCAGCAGCAAGCUCAGCAGCCUCAGCAGAGCCAGCAGAACCAGGCUCAGCAGCAAACGUCGGCCCAGAUGCACCAGCAGGCUCCGGCCGGCAUGCAGCAGGGCUACCACUACGCUCCCCCUCCUCCGCCUGGUAUGGCGCUGCCGUACAACCCGUACAACUACGGCGCUUACUACCAGGGCUACGGCUACUACCAGAACCCACAGUUCGCUCAGUACAGCCCGCGUACGCAGUACCCACCGCGGGGCAGCAUGCCGUAUGGAGUUGAAGGCCCCGUGCCGGGCUUUUCGAACCCACCGAACAUGCCCUACCAGGACCAGCACAUGAUGGCUCAACAGCACGAGUACGCCGCUGGCGUCCCCCAGGGCUUCGGCGAGAUCAACGCCGGAUACCUGCAGCAGGCUCCAAUGCAGCAGGGUGGUCACCACGGCCACCACGGUCACCAGAACGGCCCGCAGGGCCACGGAAAGGGCGGCGCUGCCUCUGGUGCUGGCAACGCUGGCUCGCAGCAGUCGCAUGGCCAGCGUGGCAACGCCGGCAUGCAGGGCUACCAGAACGCCGGGGGCCGUGACAACGUGUCGCCGCCAGUGCCUAACGCGUCGGCGGCCAUGACCGGCUCGUAUGGCCAGCACUACGGCUGGGCGGGCAACUACGGCGCGCAGCCCGUGGGCGGAUGGGGCCACAUGAUGCCCCAGGGCUACCAGCAGUCGCCGUCUCAGCAGCAGCAAGUGCCUCCGCAGCAGCAGCAACAGCAGCAGCAGCCGAACGCGCACCAGCAGAGCUACCGCCAGUACGGCAACGCCGGCGCCCAGGGCGGCAACAACGCGAACGACGUGAACCAAGCGCACUGGAACAGCUCCUUCGCAGAGAGCGGCCGAGCUUCGCUGCCGCCGCCCGGCAUCGGCACAGUGGCUUCUACUCGACGACACCCAAGCGAUCAAGCAAGCGGCCCGAGCAAGAUCUCGCAGACCCCGGCCGGGCAGGCGCCAACCUCUAGCAGCCUCCCCACCGACGGACGGUUCCUGCCCGUCAAGGGCGACAGCUAA